AUGUCGCGCAACGUCUGCAUCACCUCCGUAGAAGGCAACACGGGUUUCCUCAUCGCCGAGCUCCUCCUCUCUGAUGAGAACUUCUCUAAAGAAAUCGGCACCGUCCACGGCCUAACCCUCAAUCCAGAUGCUCAGCGGUGCAAGGACCUACAAUCUCUAGGGGCCACCAUCGUCCCCCAUAGACCAGGCCGUCUGAAGAACGUCGCCGCCGACAUCAGAGACACCAAAGCCGACACUCUCUGCCUGGUCCCGCCAGCUAGUCGGGACAAGAUCGAUAUCACGGCCGAGAUGAUCGAGGCGGCCAAGCGCGCCAAUGUGCCGAAUGUGGUCUUCCUGAGUGCUGCGGGAUGUGAUCUCGCUGAGAGGGAUAAGCAGCCCCGUCUGAGAGAGUUUAUUCAUCUCGAGACUCUGUUCCUGAGCACGAAGGGGGAUCCGAGCUCGAUGACAGGGCAUUGUCCUGUUGUCAUCCGGGCUGGUUUCUACGCCGAGAACUUGCUUGCGUAUGCCCCCCAGGCUAAGGAGGAGGGAUACAUCCCUAUACCGAUCGGACGCGAGCAUAAAUUUCCCCCAGUGGCACUAGGUGACGUCGCUCUACUAGCGGCUCAUGUCCUCACCGGCAAAGGAAAGCAUGGACUCAACGAUAAGCAUCGUGGUCAACUAAUGACCUUGACUGGCCCGGCACUUCUCAACGGCGACGAACUAGCGCGAGCGGCAAGUGAAGCUCUAGGAACGGAUAUGAAGUUCGAAGAUAUUUCUGAAUAUGAAGCCAAGAAGGUCCUCAGGAGCCAGACGGAUACCGACGACAGUGAGAUUCAGUUCAUACUCGAAUACUAUUCGCUCGUCCGUGAGGGCAAGACGAACUAUGUUGCAACGACGGCAUUCCGCGACGUCACUUCGGAUGAGCCCCAGCAGCCGGCAGACUUCUUCCGGUCUUAUUCUGAGGAGUUUGGUCCGAAGAAGGGGGCGAAGAGAAGGAAGGUAGAUGGGAAGUGA